AUGGGUAACAAAUCAGGAUCAGAAUUUGGUGGAAUAAUGAUAAGAACUGAAAAAUAGUUAUAUUUUGCUGUAGAUGUUGUAUAAGGUAAUAAGAUUACAUUUAAGUUCUUAAGGGAACAUAUAUCUUCAUAUUAUCAAAGAAGGAUUUCGUGGAAAAGAAGUCUAACUUACCAUAUUGGGUAAAGAAAAAACAAGUUGGGAAACAGGAUCAGGUACUCGAAGAAGAACACAUGAAGGAAAAAAUAUUUUUCAUCAAGUCACAGUAGUGGCCCAUACAUUUGAAGAUGAUAAUCUUAUGGUUGGUUCAUUCAUAUUUCCUUUUGAAGUCCAUCUCUCUGCAAACUUACCUGGAACAUUUUAUUAUAAGGAUGGCGUUCUUGCAAGCUUAGCUUAUAAGGUAAUUGCGAGAGUAGUCUCAACAUCUAAAUCGAUAAAUGAUAUUAAAAAUAAAUAAGUACUAAUCUUAAGGGAACCUAUUAAAGAAAUUAUUUCAUCGAAAUAAAAGAGGGAAUCUUCUUAGAUUGUAAGUGGAUGCUGUAUUAAAAGAGGAGUAUUUAUAAUUAAUCAUAUUUUUAGACAUCUUCAAUUGAAGUAAAAGUAGAAAAAAAUAUAUAUUUUCCAACUGAAUUUCUAAAUUUUAAUUAUGAUAUAGACAACUCAAAUUGUAAACUUGAUGUAGAUAAAGUAGAUUCUGUACUUGUGAAUAGAUUAAGAUUGAGAUCUAAUUCAGAUAGUGAACAUGUUCUUGAAUUUGAAUUAAAUUAUUAAUACCAUAAAGGUCCUUAAAAAGGAAAUAAAAUUUAACCUAUUUAAAAGAAAGAUUACCAAUUAUAGUUGAUUAAUUUAAAAAAUCCUCUUUAGCACCUAACUCCAUCAAUUAUAGGAAAUUGCGUGAAUUCAAUAUAUUACUUGAAAGUUCAGCCACAUUAUGAGGGUAAGUGUAAAAUCUAGUUAGGUUGUUCUUGUUGUUCACCUAGACCCACUGUGAAGAUUCCAAUUACCGUUUUGGCUAUUCCCCCUAAGGAGUACAUUCAACCAUUGAUCUAACCUGAAAAUUGGAAUCCUUAAGCAUUUUAACCUAUUAUAAUCUAAUCAAAUACUCAAGGCUAAGAAAGCAUGCUCAAUAAAAAUCUAUAGUAAAUGGCUGAUCCAAUGAAAAANUAGGAUUCAUUCAACAAAAAACAAACCUAUAAAUUAAUUAUAUAUAAAAUAUCAAAUGGGUAACAAAUCAGGAUCAGAAUUUGGUGGAAUAAUGAUAAGAACUGA